GAACUUUGUGCUGUCCCAUGCUCUCCCCUGUCCUCUUUCUCUGGACAGCCUGCAGCCAUGGUGCUCAAGACGGAGGUCUGCCGCUUCAGCGGUGCGAAGAUCUACCCGGGCAGGGGGAUUCGGUUCAUCCGGUCCGAUUCCCAGGUCUUUCUGUUCAGGGACUCCAAGUGCAAGAGGCUGUUUCACAACCGCUUGAAGCCCUCCAAGCUGUACUGGACGGCCCUCUACAGGAAGCAGCACAAGAAGGAUAUUCAUGACCAGGCCCAGCGUAAGAAGAAGCGCUCCAACGCCAAGCCCUUCAGCAGGUCCAUCGUCGGAGCCUCCCUUGAGGUGAUCCAGAAGAGGCGGGCGGAGAAGCCCGAGACUCGCGCUGCAAACAGAGAUACCGCUCUCCGGGAGAUCAAGGAGCGCAUCAAGAAGCAGAAGGACGAGAAGAAGGCCAAGAAGGUGGAGGUUCAGAAGUCGCAACAAAAGGGGGCCACGAAGGCACCCAAGGCAGCGGGCGGCAAGGGACCCAAGCUUGGCGGAGGGGGUGGCAAGAGAUAAGCACCGGAAAUAUGGAAACCAAGUAAAUGGCCUUGGCGGAUCCGGGCGAACACUUCGUAGGUCUGUGGAGUGGCUCUUUUGGUUGCCACUUCCUAAGACCCAUCCCCACACUGUGAAAGCUUGCGGUGCUUUGUCCACACAUGUCUGCAGGACUCAGUUGGAGGUUGCGUUGCAUCAUGUGAUAUGCCAUCGGAGUUGCAAAAUGCAUGUGGGGAUCUGGUCAUGACAAUGCUGUCCAAGUAUCAGCUUAAGUCCAAUGUUGAAUGGCAAUGAACACGAUGUAUUUGUAUCAAUGCGGGUUUGUGACGUAG